CAGACAGCGCGUUCCCCAUCGACCUCAAGAAGUUCAAAAAGCUCCAGCUUGACCCGUCGAAGCCGCAGCUAACGGAGGACCAGAAGUCUGCGCUCCUUUUCAACAUCCAGCUCCUCCGUGAUGCGAUUGUUUUGUUCACGGCGACGGGAGCAGCAAGGGGAGUGAGUGGGCACACUGGUGGUGCCUAUGACACUGUGCCGGAAGUUGUAAUGCUCCUAGGGCUGUUUGAAUCGUCGGACAAGUUCUACCCUACCGUCUUCGAUGAAGCAGGUCACCGUGUCGCGACGCAGUACCUCUUGUCUGCCUUGCAAGGUCACAUCCCCGCCGAGCACCUCCUCCACUACCGCGAGGCCAACUCGAAGCUCCCUGGACACCCCGAGCUCGGCCUGACGCCAGGAGUCAAGUUCUCCUCCGGCCGCUUGGGACACGUCUGGCCGCUCGUGAACGGUGUCGCGAUGGCCAACCGCGACAAGACCGUAUUCUGUCUGGGCUCGGACGGCUCGCAGCAGGAGGGUGACGACGCUGAGGCCGCUCGCUUGGCUGUUGCCCAGAAGUUGAACGUGAAGCUGCUCAUUGAUGACAAUGAUGUCACGAUCGCCGGCCACCCGUCAGAAUACUUGCCCGGCUACGAUCUGACUAAGACGCUCCAGGGACACGGUCUCAAGGUUGUUACUGUCCAGGGCGAGGACUACGAUGCGCUCUGGGGUGGUAUCUGCGAAGUUAUCAACUACGACGGACCCGCGGCCGUUAUCUCCAAGCGUGUUAUGGCUCCCGGCAUCCCUGACAUCGAGGGCAGCUCGCACGGACACGACGUCAUUCCGGUCAAGUCUGCGCUCAAGUACUUCACGGCGCGUGGCUACCCAGAGUCGAUGGCGUCGGACAUCUUGCUCAACAUCAAGCCCUCGUCCGUGCCGUACUUGCACGUUGGUUCUACGAAGGAGGUCGGCGCCAACCGUGUUGUCUUCGGUGAGGCAGUUAACUCGGUCCUGGACGAGCUGAGCAAAGAGGAGGCCGCGAAGAAGGUCAUGGUCAUCGACAGCGACCUCGAGGGCUCGACUGGUCUCAAGGCCAUCCACCAGAAGCACCCCGAGGUGUUCGUCCCGUCAGGCAUCAUGGAGCGCGGCAACUUCUCCGCGGCGGCGGGCUUCGGGUUCGCCCCCGACAAGUUCGGCGUGUUCAGCACGUUCAGCGCGUUCCUCGAGAUGAUCAUCUCGGAGGUGACGAUGGCGCGGCUGAACCACUGCAAUGUGCUCUGCCACUUCUCGCACUCGGGCGUCGACGAGAUGGCGGACAACACGUGCCACUUCGGCGUGAACAACUUCUUCGCGGACAACGGUCUCUCGGACACACACUCGUGGCUAUACUUCCCCGCGGACCCGUUGCAGAUGACGAAGAUCGUCCGCAAAGUGUUCUUUGACCGCGGCAUUCGCUUCGUGUUCUCGACCCGCUCGAAGGUGCCAUACAUCCUCAAGGAAGACGGCAAGACCAAGUUCUUCGGAGACGACUACGAGUUCGUGCCCGGGAAGGAUGAGGUGAUCUGCGAGGGCAAGGCCGGGUACGUUGUCAGCUACGGCGACAUGCUCUACCGCGCCUGGGAUGCCGUUCUGCGGUGCAGGCAGGAGGGCCUGGACAUCGGUCUCAUCAACAAGCCGACUUUGAACUUGGUUGACGAGCAGGCUAUCAGGAAGUACGGCUCCAGCCCCUUCGUCCUCGUCGUCGAGUCUCUCAACCGGAAGACUGGGCUUGGGUCUAAGAUGGGUACCUGGUUGCUCGAGCGUCAGCUCACGCCCAAGUACGGCUACAUGGGCACCGUCAAGGAGGGCUGCGGUGGGUUGCAGGAGCAGAUCCCCUUCCAGGGCUUGGACCCGCAAUCGAUCAUCGUCAAGAUCCACGAACUGUCUCACAGCAAUGCGAAGACGAUCUAAAUGCAAUGUCAAACAUAGACGGGGGUGUACGAGCGCAGUAUUCAUGGAUUUGUACAAAGAACGGCACAUGUAUAGAUGAGAUAACAUUGUUUCCGUGCCAAAUGCGAAGCGUGACAAUACUGUUGGUCUGACUGGUAGGAUGCAUCGGAAGUUCAAGUUUGUAUAACAC